CUUAUAGCUUGCUUGCUUGCUGUAUUUUGCAGCAAAGUAAUAUACUAGGACGUCUGAGUGUGUACACUCGGACACAGUACUCAUAAGUUGUCGCGAGACUACGUGAAAACCUCAUGGCGUAGCAGCAACCGCAGUGCCGACACAACCAUUACAUUAGCAUUCAGUCAACUCCACAAGUAUACGCUUGAUGCGUGUAAAGCAGGUCAAGUUUGGUUGUCAUUUGCCUUACUGUCCCCGGCCUGUCAGCGACCACGGAGGCUGACAGGCAUAAGCGCAUAGAAAUCUUGAGGUACGUUUUUGAUGAUGAACCCGGUGGAGUGCCGCUGCGUGGGGCGCGCCUUGUCGGCACCAUCCGACACGGGCAACAAUGUGCCGACUGCCUUCCCUUCCCCUCCGGCCUCUGACCCUGGCUGGGAUAGCGCGCGACCCAUCUACUGUUUAUGUAGGACCUUAGAAGAUGGUUUGUAGCAGUAUGCAUGAGGGGCGCCACAGGGAGGCCCACAGGAAGCCCGCUCCUGUGCCGCCGCCAAAGCACACCAACGGCCUGUCUGGCCCGCACCGCGACGAGCUGCUGCGGCUGCUGGCGGCAGCUGCUGCGAAUGUAUGCCAACACGAAGUAAAGGGGCAUAAUUGCGAUGAAGACAAAUACCUUGGGUUGCGCUUGCGCCGCACAGAGUCGGGCAGUCGGUGUACGGGCGCUAAGGACUACAUGGCGUACGCGGUGUACCGUGUGGUCAGCGGCCCGUUGCACAACAAAACCAUCCUGGCCUACCAGGGCAGCAGCUGCGACGCCCACCUCGUGCAGGAUUUCAAGCAGAUGCUGGGGCGGUUUAAAUCUGUAGCCGACAAAGCCGAGGCGGUUUAUGAGGACGUGGGUCCCGACUUCAUCACUGGCCACUCGCUUGGCGGCUGCAUUGCCGAGGUGGUGUGCUCCAGGACCGGCUGCCGUGGCGCUGCCUUCAACUCGCCCGGGCCCUGGUCGUCAGAACCUGACCACUGUGUGGUGGACGGAGACAAGCACGGCGGGGCUGAGUUCGAGAUCCACCUUGCGGUCGCGGACCCACUGGUCGCCCUCGCCAACUCGAACGCGGGCCGGCGCCCUCAUGGCCAUAUUGGCAGCGAGCAGAGCGGCGCCGUGCACUGGCACUUUGCCAUUAGCGGCUUGCACAGCAUGGAUGCCAUGGUAAACGACCUGGGGCACCUGUAAGGCGGGGCCGGGGCGGGUGGGACAGCACGCUACAUGCGGUGGACUGGCAGUGAGGUGGGAUCAGGGCGUGCAGCGUGAGCGAGUAAAAAUCAGUUCGAUAGCCAGCGUGUAUGAGCGAAGCCUCCGUACUGCGCGCCGUAUUCAUGCAAUGUGUAUUUGUCAAACUGCUGACCCAGACAGUCAUCCCAUGUAGGCGUUAGAUAGCACGCAGAGUAGCACUAGCUGAUGGAUGACCAGGCAUAGCAGGGCAGGCACUGGCUUAUUAUGGCUUCUGGUGUGAGAGCACAAACGCUGCUGGGUAGUACUGAUGACGGGGCACCCUUGGGUGUAUUAAUCCUAACUCAUUCUUGUAGCGUCCGUACUUGGGAAGCACGCGGAAAUCAUACCGUGUUAUGUGAGCCAUUGGGCUUUCGAGGAUGCGAGUUACUAGACAUGCGGGGGCCUUCCUCGACUGCCCCCGGACUGCCUAAAGCCUGACUACCGGUACUUGUCUCCUUGUGUUACGAAUGACGCUUAGCGGCUGCGAGUGCGAUUGGGAUUCAGGCCCCAUCGAGCUUGACACAGUUUACUGGUUCAUUGCCAUGCGGGUGCGGAGAUGCAGACACCAGUGCGAUCGUAAAGCGGGUCGCGUAAAUGCUCCCGACCAUGGGGCCGGAGACGGCCAGGACGCGCGGAGCACGGCAGUGCUAUACUGCUAUGCUAGAAGUCAGGAGGCUUGAUUGCCGCAGGCCGGGAUGUGUGAGUGCCGUCGUUAGAGGCUGCUUGUGCCCUUGCCUCGCCACAGUCGCCAGUGCUUUGUUUCACCGCUGCACGUCAAUGGGUCACAGUGACUGGUGUAGGGCGGGAAGCGUCUGCGUGCAGCUGUGCUCUUUCAGGCCGACUAGUUGCUGCUUGGUAACCCCAAGGGCGGCGACUUGCUUGGCAAAUCGGCGA